CGCUGAGUCCUUCUUUCGCCAAGCGUCCCUGAAUGCACCAUUGCUUAGCAACCACGUAGCGCGCUUAGCCGCGGUCAACUUUUUCUGAAGCUAACUUAAACUUUCCUGCCAUGCCCAAAAAGGAGAAGAAACAAGAGGAAGGCGACAAAACAAAGAAAAAGCAAACUCGAGUCACUCCCGCUGAAGAACGAGAGUCUGGGGACAAAGAGAAGGAUUUAUAUGUCGUUCAAAUCCGCUUUUUGACCGAGGAGCUCGAGAGACAGCAGCUGAAAUGCAAGCGGCUGGAGAAGGAGAAGACGUCGCUGGCGCGUCGUUGCGUCUCCGUGGAGACGGAGAAGAAGGAUGCGGUAGAGUACUUGAAGAGGGAGCUGCUCGAGAAGGAGGACGAGGUGGACCGGUCGGCGGAGCAGCUGGACCAGAGUCUGCGCGAAGCCCGCACAGACCGGGACGACCUGAGGAGCCGGUUGACUGGGGAACUCCGGGAACUCCAGGAUCGCGUCCACCGGCUGGAGGAUGACAACGCCGGGCUAGUGGUCAGGCUGGCGGCGGUGGAGACCUUCGAGAAACAGAAGGGGCAGCUGAUGUUCGACAUGGCGGCCGCAGAGAAGAAGUUGGCCGACCGGGAGGAGGAGCAUGCCGACGCCGUGCAGGCCGCAAAGAUGGAGGCUCUGCUGGAGAAGACCAGGCUGGAGAAGGAGCUGGAGGCCCAGGCGGCGGCGAGGGCGGCGGAGGUGGAGCUUCUGGUGGAGCAAAAGCUGCCCGAGGCCAGCAAGCGGGUGGCGCUGGAGAACCUGGAGGUGAAGGCGCGAUAUGCCGAACUGUCCGAGAAGGCCCACCAGCUGGCGCGGGAAAACCACGCCCUGAGACAGCAGAGGGGCCGGACGGCGACCGACGUGGCCAUCCUCGAGGAAACCAUCGCGAAAAUGGCGCGGCAAAGCUGCGUACGCAAGAAGGUGGCGCAGCAGUUGCAGGCAGAGCUGACAGAGCGCAGUUGUGAGCUGGAACUACUUCGGAACCAACGCGACCAAUCCCGCGCCGAGCUGGAGGCACUCAGAAAGAGGCAUGCCGCGGCGUCGAGUCGUCUGGAGGCGGAGCUACAGGUGGAGAGGAAGACGACUGGCCGGACGAAGGAAGCCGUCACCGCCCUCAAACUGACUUUCAUGGAUGAAGUGGUGGAUGUGGUCCAGUGGAAACAGCAGAUGCAGAAGCUCCUGGCUCUCCUGGAAGGCACCACCAUCGCUCCCCUAAGUGACCCCAACCUGAACAAAGAGGACCCGGCAAGCCAUAGGACGGGAAGCGGGCACAUCCAUCUGGGCUCGGUCCCCCGGCCCGCUCUAAAGACCAAACAUGCACCCUCACACAGAUAA